AUGAACGCAAUUGCAAGCUCGUCCUGUGCUAAAAACUCACAGGCGAGAGAUUUUCCACCCAUAACAAAGAAUGGUAAUUGCAAUAAAUUGACACAAGUUAGUGAUUCUGGUUUAGUUAGGGUUCUCGAGGAGAAGGAUCUUAAUUUUGUCUUCAACCGUCUCAAAGAACUUCACAGCUGGGCUGACGAAAGUUUGAUCGAGGAUAUCAUGGCCUCUGUGAAUAAUGAUAUUGAUAAGGCCACAACUUUGUUAGAAGAGAUGAUUUCUACUGGUAACUCUACGGAGAAAGGGGAAGCAAAGGAUUUAUCUAAUUGCGAUGAUUUUCGAUGUGCAGAAGGAGGAAAAGAGAUUGCUUUGUUAGGACAGACCUCAAACCUUGCUGAAGACAUAGCUGAUCUAAGCUCUACUCUUGAGGGUACUUCCAAAGGGGAAGAGCAAGAUGUUUACUUGAGCCAUCGAAGAAACGCACUAAGGAUGAUGAGAUCGGCAGCUAGGCACUCCAGGGCAGCAACUAAUGCCUUUCUGAGAGGAGAUCAUUUUUCUGCUCAACAGCACUCAUCAAAGGCUCAUAAAGAAUGGUCAGAUGCUGCAAGACUCAACGCUAAGGCAGCUAAGGAAAUUUUGAGUAUAAGAAAUAAUGAAAAUAAUCCUUGGAUGUUGGAUUUGCAUGGUCUUCACGCAGCAGAGGCUGUUAAAGCCUUGCAAGAACAUCUGAACAAAAUUGAGACCCUCCUAAAGAAUCAAGCAGUAUCACAUGGACCCUUUAUUAGCAUAGACGUGGAGAACUUGGAUAAACAACAGACAGGAUUUAGGCAGAGAAUAGCAUCAUUACAAGUAAUUACAGGUGUAGGCAAUCACAGUAGAGGUCAAGCUGUACUCCCAACAGCAGUGAGAAGUUUCCUUAGUGAAAACAGAUAUGACUUUGAUGAAGCAAGGCUAGGUGUAAUUUCUGUUCGCCCUAAAUUCCGUCACAGGUGA